CCGCUAUGGACUGUCUCCUCCCGGCUGUUCCCUCUUCUGCCUCCCGCUGCCCCGGGGCCGCCCGGCUCCUCCUGGCCGCUCUCCUCUCGGUCCUCAGCGGCCCCGCCGGCUCCUAUUUCCCGGAGGAGCGCUGGGCCGAGGAGUCGCCGCUGCUCCGGCCCCGGGUCCAGGUCAGCAUCAUCGCCCGGAACAGCGCACACGGACUGGCCGCUUUCCUGGGCCGCAUCGAGGGGCUGAGGUACCCCAAGGAGAGGCUGUGUCUGUGGGUAGCAACAGACCACAAUGUGGAUAACACCACAGCAGUGCUGAGGGAGUGGCUGGUGAAUGUACAGAGACUGUACCAUUCUGUCGAGUGGAGACCCAUGGAUGAGCCAAAAUCCUACUUUGAUGAAAUGGGGCCCAAGCAUUGGUCCGACUCCCGAUAUGAGCAUGUGAUGAAGCUGAGACAAGCAGCACUGAACUCAGCCAGGGAUCGAUGGGCCGAUUAUAUUUUGUUUCUAGAUACAGACAACUUCCUGGUCAACCCCGACACCUUAAAUCUUCUGAUCGCGGAGAAUAAAACAGUUGUUGCCCCGAUGUUGGACUCGCGCUCGGCAUAUUCCAAUUUCUGGUGUGGAAUGACCUCGGAGGGUUAUUACAAGCGGACCCCAGCCUAUGUCCCUAUACGGAAACGGGACAGACUGGGCUGCUUCCCGGUGGUCAUGGUCCACUCCACGAUGCUGAUCGACCUCCGCAAAGAGGCCUCAAAGGAACUGGCAUUUUACCCUCCACACCCAGACUAUACCUGGUCUUUCGAUGACAUCAUUGUCUUUGCAUUUUCGUGCCGACAAGCAGGAGUCCAGAUGUAUAUCUGUAAUAAAGAACACUAUGGGUUCCUGCAGGUGCCACUGAAGUCAACCAGCACCAUGCAGGAUGAGGUGGACAGCUUCAUUCAUGUGCAUUUGGAAGUUAUGGUGAACCAUUCCCCCAUGGAGCCAUCCAAGUACUUGUCUGUGGCACCAAAGUACCCGGAUAAGAUGGGCUUCGACGAGAUUUUUCUGAUUAACUUGAAGCGUCGCCCAGAUAGGAGAAUGCGAAUGCUUCGUACUCUGUACGAGCAGGAAAUAGCGUGUAAAGUCAUUGAUGCAGUCGAUGGAAGAGCUUUCAACAGCAGCCAGAUAAAGGCUCUUGGCAUCACGAUGAUGGCAGAUUAUCAAGACCCAUACUCGGGGCGGCCCUUGACCAAGGGGGAAAUGGGUUGUUUUCUCAGUCACUACAACGUCUGGAAAGAGAUUGUUGAGCGAGGACUGCAGAUAUCGGUGGUGUUUGAAGACGAUCUAAGGUUUGAGAUUUUUUUCAAGCGAAGACUGAAAUAUCUGAUGAAGGAAGUGGAGAAGGCCACACUCGACUGGGAUCUGAUCUACAUUGGCCGAAAGCGGAUGCAAGUGGAUCAUCCGGAGAGGCCGGUGCCCGGGGUCCGGAAUUUGGUCGAGGCCGAUUACUCCUACUGGACUCUUGGAUACGCCCUCUCGCUCCAGGGGGCGAGAAAACUCCUUGACGCCAAACCAUUUGAUAAGAUGUUGCCCGUGGAUGAGUUUCUGCCCGUGAUGUACAACAAACACCCUGUGUCAGAGUACAUGGAUCACUUUGAGAAGCGCAACCUGAGGGCUUUCUCUGUGGAGCCGCUCCUCAUCUACCCCACACAUUACACGGGCGACCCGGGCUAUGUGAGUGACACGGAGACCUCCACGGUCUGGGACAACGAGAAGCUGAAGACGGAUUGGGACCGUGCCAAGUCGCAGAAGACCAAGGAACAGGCAAAGAUCCGGGAAGCAGCACAGAACCUGGACGUGUCGCACUCCCCGAUUGACUCGGCCUCCAGGGACGAGCUGUGACCGACGGUCUGUACCAGCGCUCAGUGGCGAAUUGCGGAUGGGCCAAGCGGAAUAAGCGGGAACAGGGAAGUGACCCACGUUCAAAUGGUUUGGAAUGACCUCUUAACCCCGGCUACACUCGGUAUCGUCCUUCACUGUGGUUUUCAGGGUGGGUGGGGGUUGUACUGACUAACUGUUAAUUGCUGACUAAGUUGUAAUGUGCCUCAAUGUAUAUUAAUAGUUAGGUAUACACGAUUCACCUCAAAAGGACUGAAUACCUCACAGGGCCACUGCUAUGAGUGAGUUGCAUGUUUCCUUGUGCUAUAAAUUUGGCAGGGUAGGUAUGCGACUUAGGCAGCAAUGCAAUACACAUCGAGUCGGUCAUCCAUUAUACACUUGGCCAACUGUUCAAUUGCAUGACUUUAAUACAUUGGCGUGUCAAGCGGGGACUGUAUAAUGGAGGUCCUGACAUGGUACUGCAUAACUUGUGUUGCUGCCCUAAGGCGUCCUUCUGCUCUGCUGUCUCAAAAGUUCUGUUUAUAUUACAAAUGUAAUACAAAUAACAUAACAUGUAUUUUUGUUGCAGCUAUUUCACCCUUUGGUGCUCUUCUCACUGCAUUCGACAUGGUUUCCGCCUCGCUGCAGGUUUUAUCGGUUGCCUAGAGAUCCCGUCAGUCAUAGCCUUGGUAAUGGCGUCUCAUUUCUAACCUGUCAGGUUUGCUGUAGCCCUAUUAAUAGGUUCUGGGAAAUGAGUUGGCGAGAAAAUUAGCUUCAGAUCCUGUAUCUGAAUAAACAAUAAUGUAACAAAUUUCGCCCCCACCCCUGUCUCAUCCCAACACAGAGAGUAUAACUGUGGGGUGACCCACCUAAGAGGAAUCACUGCUCACGAGAGAUAGCAAUAUGGGCAAUGGCCCACGUGAAGGUAAUGUGUGAUCACUGCCCCAACCCUGUGCUUAUAGCCUGCAGAUAAAUGAAGGUGAGAUAUCGAUCGGCUUAAAUUGUCUAAUUUAGUGGUGGAACAGGUUAGCAGGACUGAAUGGCCCUGUUCUUGUGUUCUCCGCACCAGCAUUAUCAAUAUGGUUAGAACCUACAUACAACUGGUAUUAGUGCAGUGAAUGCCCCUGUAUAUUGGUUAUAAACGUGGACAGUGCUUCCGUUUGAAGGGCGUAAAUUGUGAUUUUUGGGAUUCAUUUUGAUUUCAGACAAGAAUAGGGAAAAUUUGUUGUGAAAAUGCGGAGAGUUGGUUGAUGCGUGGCUGAUGUUGAACAUUUAUACUCUCGUUGGAAGUCAAAAUUACGCUUAGGGAGUUGUGUAGGCAGUGGGUAGCUUCAAAUCAUUUCACAGACCCAGCAACUGCUAAAUCUAUUACUAAUCUCUUGGCCUCCCCGUCUGACACGUAUCUAAGGUUUUAAAUUCCUGGAUCCAACUGCUGUUAAAGUUUAUUGCACUGCCUUGUCACCAUGGAGAUACCAGAUGGCCAGAACAUGAGUCAGUUUUAUUUCUGCUUCUUAAAAAAAUGUUCUCUAUUUUUCGCUCAUCCUGGAUUCUCGAAACUCAAGCACAUUUUUCAACAGAAACAGUCUAGACUCUAGGACAGGUCUGUAGUUACUCAGCAAGCGUGCCUUGUAGGAGUUGGCAGUCCUGGUCUUCCUAGGACAUGAUUAUAUCCAACAAGUUACUGCUAGUACAAGGAACAAUACUACUCUCAAUGUACUUGGGUUAAGUACGUUGACAGAAAAGAUCAUUAUGGUCUAUUUAUUUGGUCCUAAACUCACUCUCAUUACGUCUUUUUCCAAAAAUUUACAUAGCUCCUGCUGUUACCCUUUUCUACACUCUCACUUUUGCUUAUUCUACAUAUUCCCUCCCCACUGUGUGAAGAAGUUUAAUCCAAGCUGUGUGUUCAUCUUCCCUCAUCUCAGCUCGUCUGCGUCCCCACCUACCCUCCAGCCGGUUACGGAGCUUAACGUUAUGAUCCAGCUUAUCUGUCCCCUCAGAAUCUCGAAAACUUUCCCAAGAUUUCUCUCAGUGCAACCCAGGGGUAUCUGCCUAGAUCCACAUGCUGAAGUCCCGGAGUGGGGAUCAAACCUUCUGGCACAGAAAUGAGAGCUCGACCAACUGAGCCCAAUUGCAAAGAUGAAAUUAUUUAGGAAAUUGGGUGAAGUUUGAAUGUUGAAUUUCCACAGGGCUUCUGAGAACUGAUGCACCAUUAAUUCGGUGGACUAUGGAUCACAUGGGGUUACACAGCACGGAAACAGGCCUUUCAGCCCAGCCAGUCCAUGCUGGGAGAAUCCCUGUGGAAACUCACCUUCCUGACCCCCGAUGUCACAGCUGUUGUCUAACUUGGGCACAAAAAAAAUACAGUACAAGGUACCGGACAGAGUGUAACAGCUCCCUGGCAUCUGAUGAAAUAACUUGUCAUCCUCCAGAAAUCGAUGGCCUUUAUCAAGUAAGCCUAGAUCUUGUCCUCUAAUCUUCCUUCCAUCCAUAUGGAAGCUUCUACAAUGCACUUCACCACAUGACCCAGCCUAAGUUAAAAGAUGUCUGUGGUCGCUUCCCUGCCACCCUACCCUUAGGGAACCCGGUACCGAAUGUAUUGGAAGAGUAUUGGGGACUGGCAGAACUUUCCCCCGAUGUCCAGCAUGAUAACGAACCAGCAAUCGUCACCCAGUUCCUUUACAUCUGCAGACUCACAUUUUAGUUGGCCCCACACAGCAGGCUGAAGCAAAGAAAGCUAGGUCAUUGUUUAAGGCACAGAUUUUUCAUCUGAUUUCAGGUAUGUACUUUUCAUCGCUCUGCCCCCAAUGCUGCAGUCUCUUCCCUGUGUCUGGAUAACCAGAACUGGACACCGCAUUCGAGGUGCAGUCUAACCAUUUGGUUGGACAUGUUGUGUUCACUAAGUGCCCAAGAUCUUUUCCAACAUCACCUUUAGUUAUUGCAACAGAUGUUUGCAUUGGCCUGCAUUAAGUUUCCUCUCCCAGUUCUACCCACUUGUAUAUUUUGCCACCUCUGAGCUCUUCCUUCCAAUUCCACUGCCCCUACCCGUUUGACCAGGUUGCACUGGCUUUUGUAGUCUAACUCAUUGAUGGAAAUCAGAAAUUCUAGUGUUCCCAACAAUGUUCCUUGGGUCACUCCACACGGUACUACCUCUCCCACCCUGACAUUACUUCUGUAAAUUAGGUGCCUGUUGGUGCCUACCCUACCGCCUAUGGGGCUGUAGCCUAGCAAGAGUCAGUGCCUUCAGAAGACGUCAGGGGGAAAACUGAGGAGUAACAUUAUCUACAGCUGCUCUUUCCUGACUGAAAUAACCAAUGCCAACAUUGCCUUUCCUAAACAACAACUCCCUUCCUCUCUCAUGUUCCUAUAAAUUGGCUCAGUGGAUAUUGGAUCAGCACUGAUGAUACAAAUUAAGUGACACGGCUGUGAGUUUUAUAACUACAUGGUGCUUUAUUGCAGCCAAAUGUACAAAUAGAGGAUUUUUAAAAAUAAUUUCUUGAAGAGUUUGUACUUCAAAAGCAGAGUUUUUUAUAAAAUGGACAGGGUUUUCAGAGAUGAAUGCCGAGUCUGCCUGUGUUAUGGCUCAAUUGCCUCUGACAUCAUCCAUUAUCCUAGCAAUGCCUAGGAAUUUUUGAUGUUAUUUAAUAUUUCCCAUUUUCUGUGUUUAUAUCAAUGUUUACUUUGCAAUUUACAAUAAAGAUUUUAUACAAA